ACAUUAAUCAACACACAAAUUACGCAGUACAUACUUUGGUCCGUAUCCUUUCCACAUUAUACGUAGUAAACCAACAGGUGCGUGUAAGAAAAUAUUAAUUUUAAACAACAUAAAGCUAAAGAAUAUGGACAGAAGAACCAAAUUUCCAAUACCAAAGCCACCUGAGCUCCAGUGUAAGUUCGUCCCUGCCACUGUUGGACUGCCCAACGAGGAAAAUACGGGUUGGUUGAAUAUCAUUGUGCAAUGUUUAUGCAACGCUGAACCAUUCGUUAAAUACUUUUUGGCAAAUGGACAUCAAACUGAUUUGAGGAAGAAGUAUGGAAUUAAUAUGGAAAAGGAGGGGAGGGUAGUUAACGGAUUGGCCCAACUUUUUCAAAAUAUGUGGAAUCCAUCUACACCCGGAACUCUCCGUGAUAUGAAAAACAAAUUUAAGAAAAUAAUAGGUCAGGUUUACCCACAAUGGAAGGGUGAUGAUCUGCAAGAUGCUUUCGAAUUUCUUGUCAUCCUGCUGGACACACUCAGCGAGGAGUUGGAUCUUCGCGCGACCAAGCCGACGCAGUAUCGACAUGCUCUGUUUUCUAAGGAUAAAAGUGAGCAACAACUCGAAGCGGAAAUGAUUGCGGGUUACUUGAACAGAUUUAAAACCAUUGUUCAAGAUAAUUUUAUUGGAUUUAUUCGGACAAGUGUGACCUGUUCGAGAUGCAACAAAGAUACCUUGACCUUUGACCCCUCUAUGACCCUUUGGUUACCCUUCCCAAUGCCGAAUGAAAAUUCUGGUGACGCAGUUACUCUAGCAGAUUGUUUCGACUGCUACACAGCUCCGGAAAAAAUAAGCGGUUCAUACUUCUGUGUCCAUUGUCAGAAGGAAUUUGGUGUAGUUAAGCAGACUAAACUAUGGUUAACUCCACAAAUUUGGGUCAUUUGUUUGAACCGGUUUGGGACUAGGGGGGUUCCAACGCUAGGAAAAAGAGUCGACUAUCCCAUCGAGGGGUUAGAUCUUUCGCCAUGGGUAAAAUCGCCACGCAACGAGGGCAAUAUUUACGACUUGUUUGGCGUUGUCACUUAUUCUUCGUUUGACGGCUCUUUAAACCGUGGCUAUUACGCAGCGUACUGUAAAAAUCCCGUGGAUCAUGCUUGGCGGAAGUUUAGCGACGAAAGGGUUGAGAUAGUGAAUUUGGAUGUAGCCUAUUCAAAGGAGAAGAUUCAGGAGGAGGCGUACGUUUUAUUCUACACCAGACGCGGACAUGCUAAUUGAACAUGGUGGCUAAUUUGUUGAUAGGGGUAGCAUUUGAAAAACAAUUCUGUCUGUACCAGACAAAUACGUAAAUAAAUAAAAUUGUAUUUAAAAAUCACCGGUAGCUUAGGAGGACAUAUCCGUUAUAAAAACAUUGUGGGAUUUCCUAUUUGCUGAACCACCCUCUGUACAGAAGUUUAGCAAUUCAUAUUCCAUGUCAUAAAAAUGAUGGAGGAAUAGUAACGAGGUGAAUUUACGUAAUUAUUGAUCUAUAAUUAUAGACCUAGUUGUUUAACCUAGUUGUUUAACCUCUUUGUAUACAAAAAUUAUUUUUAUCUGUGGUUAAUGAAUUCAAGAUUUUUCUAUAUUCAAUGACAUAAUCGUGUUUAUCUAUCUAUCUGAGUCGUUUGAAGCCCGAUGUAAUGAUUUUCUGAAUAUAAAAUGUGACUCAUUUAUAUAUUUAUGCAAAUGCUAUCUGUAAUAAAACCGACAACCCUGAGGGCAUUCAUACAUAU